UCACAGCACGACCUAAGUUUUUACCCGCCUCUUUGAAUGAGGAAAGCGAGGGAUUUGGUCCAAACCUCAGGCAGACGCUUCCUCAGGCUCCCAAACUCUAAGACACCCAAGAUGGAGGAUAUAUCGGAGCGAUACGGGUACAAGCCGAUGCUGCGAUGGAACCCUCAGGUGGAGGAGUACUUCAUCAAAGCCUACGGAGCCGACCAUUUCUCGCGUAUUUCCAAUGCCCUAACGCAUCCGUCUUGCUACUCUUGUGUACGUGUGAAUCCACUCAAGUCAACAAGUGAUGCCGUUAUUCAGAAGCUAAUGGCAAUUAUGAAAGAAACAGAGCAUGACGAUGCUAAUGAGAACUUAAAUGAAUAUGAUGCCAAUGUCAAUGCUGAUACAGGCUUGAAGCAAAAAGGUUGUUUGAAAAAAACUAACAUUUCCCUGAAUUUGAGUGACUGUAGUAAGGUGACAAAUGCUCUGAAAGAAAACUUCCAAACUGGUCCCAUUUCUAAGUGUCAGUUCCCUGGGUUAGACUAUGUGGUGUUUGUCAGGGGUUCAGGACCACAUGUGAUUGAUUAUGGUUAUAUACAUGAAAAACCUCCUAAGGAGGUAAUUGUGAGCCGGAAAUGUGCCGAGGCAGUUCUUCGAGGUGCUCAGGUCUAUGUUCCUGGUGUAAUGGCUUGCAGUGCUCACGUUGAGAAAGGGGAAAAAAUUGCAGUUUCAGUUGCUGUGGAGCAGCCUGGUCCUGAUGGCAGAUGGGGGCUCGGUAUAACACGUGGGACUGUUCUGCAGGGCUUGGAGACAGAAAAUCUGAUGAUCAGGAUUUCCCUACGUACUGUGGAUCGUAUUCGCUGGUCCUCGUCUAAGAAGGGUAAGUUCGAGGUAAAGUCGUUCUUCAAGGCCUUGUCCAACAUUGAUCAUGAGGUGUUUCCUUGGAAGAGUAUCUGGCGUACUAAGGGUAAGGGACUUGUUCGAUUGCUAGUGGUCGGGAGGGCGUUCUCGAAGUGCGAUGGUGUGGUAGAUGAUCCCUCUUUGUCUUAUGUGGUGCAUAUGGAAUGA